UUCCCAUCCCUUAGAGGCUUGUCCCUAACCCUGGGGCUGCUGCAGCCACACACCGGCCCUCCAGUCCAUGUCAGAGCCACAGCUGAGCGUAAGGCACAGGAAGCUCUCUCUCUCUCUAACCCUGAAAGUACUGUCAGAGCUCCCAUCCCAGGACCUUUAUCAGAACUGGAGUAAAAGGAUUGUUCUCUCCAACAUUGGCACACGAAGUGAGCUGGGGGGCAGAGAAGACCCAUUCAGUCCCUGGCUCCCCCCUGCCCUGUAUCACACCUACAGCACUUUAAGUGGCAUUAAUGCAACAAUGCUGAUGUUUGAUCCUAUCAAGCAGGAGACCAUGGAGACUGUGUCCAUGUCCUAUCAACACAGCUACAUGGAGCCAAACAAAUACAGCGUCAUAUAUCCCACAUCGGGCAUCCUGCACAAUAAAUUUUACCAUAGCCCAGAAGCACUGUCUGGUUUUCAACUAGAACCGGUUGACCUUACAACAAACAAAAGGAACUCUCCUCCUUCCAAUGGAAGUUCACCGUCUCCUGUGAAAUACCAAUCUCCAAAAAAAGGAGGAUCCCCUGGACUAUAUAUGCCUUCACCUAGCCCUCCUAUGAAAAAGUUAACCCCAUCACCACCUCUUGUGCCUCCGUUUCCAAUGCCAUUGACAAUUAACCACCCCAUGAUCUCAGCUUUUUCACGACAUUCGUACAGCAAUCCCGGACUUUUACCUCUCCUCGUGCAGCCUGUUCCCUUUAUGUACUCUCCACACCUUCAGCAACAAAUUAUGGUGUCCUCUCUCCCCAUCCUAACAGAUGACAUGGAUAGUCCAAGCAAUAAACACAUGCCUGUAACAGAAUCAUACGAGAAAUCACAACUAAUAAAAACAAUAAAAAUCGAACCAGGGUUGGAACAACAAAUGCCUGAUAUGUACCCAGAACAGAUGUCCCCCGUUGUCAGUACAACUCCGCAAGGAAUGCUGCAUGAAAAUCACCCGUCUGUCAUUGUACACCCAGGGAAGAGACCUUUACCCGUGGAAUCUCCAGAAACACAGAGAAAGAGGAGGAUCCACAGAUGUGACUAUGACGGUUGCAACAAAGUUUACACCAAAAGCUCACAUUUAAAGGCACACAGGAGGACACACACAGGGGAAAAGCCUUAUCAGUGUACUUGGGAAGGAUGCACCUGGAAGUUUGCCCGUUCUGACGAACUUACUCGGCAUUUCCGUAAACACACUGGAAUCAAGCCAUUUCAGUGCCCGGACUGUGACCGAAGCUUUUCACGCUCAGACCACCUCGCUCUUCACAGAAAGAGACACAUGCUUGUCUGAAUGAUCCUAUUGCCCUUUUUGUACUUAAAAAAAAAAAAAAGAAAAGAAAAUCUGGAUUCAGCUGGUCUGAAUCCAAAGUAUAAAAUUCCACAUGGUCAGUAUGUGAUGUUCUCAAACAGCUCGUUGUACUUAGCACGGGUCAGACCUUAGAAUGUGAACAUUCUCUUUUAGAGACGGAGCAGCCCCUCCUGCCCGCAGUACACCUCAGGAAAUCAACAAAUGGACAGUUGUGCUACAUCACGUGUACUUCCAAGCCAUAUAUCUAUACUUUAAUAACUUAUAAAAUAUAUUUAAUUAUCAACACGAUGCCUAAUCUGCUUCAUCUUGCCACAUUGCUCACUUUUGUUAGCGCUAAGACUUAUUAUUUUGUGCCCACAAUUAAAGAAUACAUUUCUUAAAAUAGUGAAUUUAAUUGGUGUAAGGAUGUAUGUGCAGAUGUCUGAACAAAGAAAAAAGAAAACUUUUGACAGCAAAGAUCUUUAAUUGGUUACCCUUUUAGGGCUGGAUUGGUGUGCAAUAAAUAUCCUACUCCCAUGACUGCUGGCUGACACAGGGUUCAAAGUGGAUGCAAUGCCAUUUUAUAAAGAGUUGUUAGGAUGUAUAGACCUGUAUAGCACAUUGCAUUAAAGUGUUCACCUAAGGA